GAAGGCAGUUUGUAACUCUGGAAAAAGAGUGCAGAGCUUGAGACACAUUAAGUAGAGGACGAACCGGGCGCAGAAACACAAAGCUGAGCCGUCUUGGCGGUGAGGAGCUGUUUUAAAAGACACCGAGUAGGACACUAUGGUGCAGCACACGGACACCAGCGAGACGGAUGGGAGCAUGUCCAGGGAGGCCACGGACUCGGAGGAGAGUGAAUUUAUGGCAUGCAGCCCCGUGCCGAUCAACCCGGACUGGUGCAAGACGGCCACCGGCCACAUCAAGAGGCCCAUGAACGCGUUCAUGGUCUGGUCCAAGAUCGAGAGGAGAAAGAUCAUGGAGCAGUCGCCGGACAUGCACAACGCGGAGAUCUCCAAGCGCCUCGGGAAGAGGUGGAAGAUGCUCAAGGACAGCGAAAAGAUCCCGUUUAUCCGGGAAGCCGAGAGACUGCGGCUAAAACACAUGGCCGACUACCCCGACUACAAAUACAGACCCAAGAAAAAACCAAAGCUCGACACUUCCAAGUCAUCGGCGGCAGCACCGUCUCCGGAGAAGUGCGGAAAAAUGGCAAAGACUCCCAGCAGCAGCAAGAAGUGCUCCAAGAUCAAGACCAAGAGCGGCUCCAAGUCCUCUCAUCACGGCUACGCGGAGGACUGCGUGUUUCCCAGCUUAAAAGUUGCAAAGACUGUGAAAAGUGAGCUCACCGACGAGGACGACGAGGACGACUACGAGGAGGACUACCGGACGGGGAUUAAAGCCGGGGAGGAGGAGCGCCUGAGGCCGUACGGUGUAGCCAAAGUUCCCGCGAGCCCAACUUUGAGCUCCUCGGCGGAGUCCGAGGGGACGAGCAUGUAUGAAGAAGUGAGGAGCAACAACAGACUCUUUUACAAUAUCAAAAACAUUUCGAAGCAGAGUGCGUUGCACGCUGCUUCUGUCUCACCAGCAUCCUCCAGGUCUGUCUCCACAUCCUCCUCUUCCUCCUCCUCCAGCAGCGGCUCCUCUUCUGGGGAGGACGCGGACGAUUUGCUGUUUGACUUUAGUUUGAAUUUCGCUCCCAGCGCCCCGGAGCUGGGGAACCCCAAUUCAGGAAACCUCUCCCUGUCUCUUGUGGAUAAGGACCUGGACUCUUUCAGCGAGGGCAGCCUGGGCUCCCACUUUGAAUUCCCAGACUACUGCACGCCAGAACUCAGUGAGAUGAUUGCCGGGGACUGGCUGGAGGCGAACUUUUCCGACCUGGUCUUCACAUACUGAAAAAAAAAACAGUUUCUCAAGUAAUAACAGAGAAGGGAGAUAUGAAAUUAUACGUGUCUUGGUCAAAUUGUCCUUAGCCCGGCCUCCUGUGGGUUUUUUUUUCUCUGUAAGGUCCUUGAGAGGGAGGCGGAGGACCAUGAGCCGAGGUGAGGUUUGAGGAAUGAGAUGCUUAUGAAGCUGGUAGCAAAAAAGAAAAGGAAAAAAAAAGUCUGCGGACUCUCUUUUUUUUUUAUCUGGCAGCAUGACAGGGUUUUAUGGAUUUUUUCCCCCCCAUAGGUCUGCAAUGUACUGUUCAGCUUAAAAGGACCACAAAGGGAAAAAUACAUGAACUUCUAUGCAUCUUAUCCUCUUAAUAACAACAACAAAAUAAAAAAAAAACUGCAGGGAGCUGAACACGGACUGUGGACUGUCUCAAAGCAAAUCUGUGAACUGACUAUUGUUCAGGAUGCUACUUUUCAACCGUUAAUGUAAUUUCUAAAUGCCGCAAAAAUAUGUUUUAGUUUUUUGAUUUUGAUUUUUUUUUUUGCCUUUUUCUUUUUCUUUUUUUUUUACUGAUUCCGUUUACCUCCUGGUUUGGAAGAUUAAGCAGCCUAAACCUCUACAGAAUAGAGGUGUGGAGGAAACAUUUUGAUACAUAACAGACCUCAUCUUUUUAAAAGAAAAGUAAGAUAUUUUCAGGCAUAUUUUUGUACAGUUAAAAGGGAAUGUUCUUACUGUGCUUUCAGUGAGUUUCAGGCACUUCUUCCCUUUAUCAUUUGUUUUUAGCAUGCAAGGGAGUCCUGGUUUUAAGGAUUAAGUUAAAUUAAGACUUGCAUCAAAAAUGCCUUGUGAUUUUAAACUAGGUUUUGUACAGUUGUAGAGCAGAUUUGUUGAGUAUUUGUAGACGAUACAAUGGCAUCAUGGGGAACACAUACCUCAGAGCUGGAACUAGUUUCAAGAUUGUAUAUGUACUGUAAUAUAGUAAAGUUAGGAGUUUAUGUAUAUCAUACUCGUGAUAUGUGGAUGGGUCCCAAUCGCAGGUGUGAAACUGGAUUUUGGUAUUUUUUAUGGCACAUACUGUUUUUUCCCCCCUUUCUCAUUUUUUGUGCAAUAUAUACUCUUGAGAUACAGACCAUCGACAAUUGUAGCAAAUGAUGGAAAAACAGACUCGUGCACUGUCAACAUCAUUUCAUGUUGUGAUGCUGAAGCCUGUCCAGGCAGGGAAAUAAACAAAUCAGCUGGAACUGAUACAAAACAAUUUUAAUAUGGUCUCAUGGUGUGAUGCAUGCGAUUCAAACAGAUUGACAUCACAAUUUGGAUGCUAUAUUAACACACACAAUCAGAUUAUGGGCAUGUCUGAUGUUGAAAUAUUUACUGCAAAUUAAGAAUAAAAAUAAAGGUUCCAUAAAAGGGCAUAAUCUGAUACAGUGGUGGUCUGGCAUUAGUUUAACAAGGAAGCAAAAAAAAGAACAUUCCAUAGUCCUGUUUCAUGAAAUGAAACUUUAUUUUGAAACUGAAGACUGCCUUCUUUUUUUAAGACAUUAACCACAAACCUGUAUUUUUUAUUUCUUGCACUUAAAAAAAAGCAGAUAUUGUUUAUUUUUAUGUGGGUCUUACAUAUGAAGUCUGUUUGAUAAAAGGUUUUGGAAUAUGACCUAAUUAUAUGCCGAGACAUUUUUGUUGGAAGCUCUAGGCAGUAGUUACUUCACAUUCCAAGUGUGAAUCUGUCUUUGACUCAUCUUUUAAUAAAUAAGUACCUACCACCA